AUGGAGGCUGUGAAGUACUAUCUGGUGGACAUUCAGAUGCUAUGGCUAUUUCGGACCAAUCCGCAUGUGUGGUCUCAAUCCAGUGACACCCUGAAGCUCCUGGUCCCAGGACCUGUGAAUUCUCAGCACAGAACCAAGGUGGAGGUAGGGGCAGCUACUCACUCUUUCUUCUUCUCUCUAGGACAGAUUCCUUGCAAACUCUCCCUCUGGGCACAGCCAGGUCCCUCAGGAAAGAAUGUGACCCUGUGGUGUGAGUCAGAGAGCCCAGUGGACACUUACCUUCUGUCCAAGGAGGGGGAAGUUAAUCCCCGCCCCCCCCCCCCAUUUCUCAGAUCCCAGGUGUCAGUUGGGCUGAACCAGGCCAUCUUCACAAUAAGCCCUGUGACUUCAGCACACCAGGGAAGCUACAGGUGCUGUGGUUCACACAGUACCUCUCCCUACCUGUUGUCACAACCCAGUGACUCUCUGGAGCUCAUGGUUUCAGGUGAGCAGCCCAGCUUCUGUCAACCACUCCCAGAUUUCAUAGUAAUGAUUCUCAUCCACAUGGGCCUGUCUGGCUUGAUCCUGGUGGCCCUAGGUGUGUUAGUAUUUCAGGCAUUGCACAGCCAGAGAAGAAACAAAGAGGUUUACUGAGGAUGGAGCUGCAUGCACCCUGUGGGGCUAGUAGAACCUCAGCAAAACCACACACAUAAACUUUUAAUGACGAAGAAGGUUCUGAAGAGGUGGACCUUCAGAUGUGUGAACUUCGUACUGAGGAACUAAAGACAAGAAAACAAUAUCACCAGUGCAAGAGGCAAUGAUUGGAGGUUGGGAAUUCUCCUUGGAGGAGGUUCCUCUCCCAUGAGCCUGUUUUGCUUGUCUGUCACUUUGCUGUCUUUUCGUAUCUUCUCACACACUUGCAACAUGAUGCCACAUCCAACAUGAAGAUUUUGCGCCCAACCUCCUCUUCGCCUCAUGCUCUGUUCCGACAUUGUCCAUUGCAAAUGUCUUCUUCAUAGUUUCCACAAUCCCUGAUGUGAGUUUCCAAGUCUCCAUGUCUUCAGCUGAAAGUACUGGGACUCAGGUAAUGUGGUUGAAUAACAGAAUCGAUGGACUAAAAUUUACAUCCAACCUGGACUGUGCAUGCCCUGAAUGCUACCCCAGCACCCAGAGGGUUCUGCAUGCUCCUCUCUCUUCACCAGGCACUGCAUGGUAC